UUUUAAAUAUAGAUUUUGAUUGUAUCUCCAAGAGACAUUGUGUAUCCAGACAACAAUGUCUCAUGAUCCUUGAAAAGAAAAUCAAUUUUAAUAAGGAUUCACUCCAUUCUACCAGGGUAAUGAUUCAUCAUUAAAUUUUUUUCCAGAUCAUUGAAAAUGAUACGAUCAAUAAACUUUGGAGAAAGAUAUGAAAAAUUGGUAUUUCAUAUGGAGCCAAUUUCUUUAUUACAACAAAUGAUAAAUACGACCUUCAAAACGAUUAUAUGUUUGUGCGUAGGAUUGAGUAGACAACAUCGCCAUCGUGGGCUCAUUUCCAAAUAUGUACUUGUAAAAAUGUGUAAUAUUUGUUUUACACAAUCACAAAAUUUUUUCAAACCAUUUCCAACAAUUUACUAUUGAAUUGAAAAACCAUAAUCAUAAUCGAUCGAUUGUUUAAUUGUUUUCACUACGUUUUCAAACAUUUACCUGAUUCGUAAAUAGCGUUACAUUGUUAUUGUUUUUUUUUUGUUUUGUUUAUAUUCUCGUCAAUAUAAUCAACGAACUAAAAUUCUUGUAAGGAAGAUGUAAAAAAUUUUCUCUACUUAAUUUUUACCAUAUUUAAAAAAAACCAACGAAAACACUCGAAUAAUAAUACUCGAAUAAUGAAGCUAAUAUUCAUGAUUUUUAAAUUGAACAAAUUCUUAUUAAUCGACUAAAAUGCCUUCAAAUAAUGGUUAUCAGCCAUUGAUUAAUUCGCAUCAAGCAUCAUCUUCAUAUUCAUCAUCAUCAUCAUCAUCGUCUCAUCGAAUAUACAGACCACGUUUUUUGGAUGAAAUAUGUUCGGAUGGUACUGCUGCACCUUCUUUAAAAUUGGGCGACAAAGUCGUCUGGAUUAGUGAUGAUGGUCCAGAAUACGGUGUUGUCAAAUGGUUAGGAAAAUUACCAGAUGUUGGUAAUGAAUGGAUGGCUGGUGUAGAUUUUGUGAAUCCAAUAGGUUCUGGUACAGGAUUAUAUCAUGAAUAUCAGCUGUUCCAGACCAGAAUGAAUCAUGCAUCAUUAGUGCCUAUCGCCGGCUUGAUAAGAGCUAAUGAUUAUAUUGGAAACCAUAUCAACAACAACACAAGCAGCAGCAGCAGUAAUAACGAUACCAUUCUCAUGCCUCCAUUAAAGCCAAAACGAACGAAAAAGACUGAAACUUCCAAAUUCUAUACGAAUGAGUUUUAUCACAAUAAUCUUAAUAAAGAUUCAAUGAAUAAUAAUGAUAAUUUAGAAAAGCAUAGUAAAUUUUCUGACAAUAUUGGUCAUCAUUCAUCAUCCACUAUUGAUUACAUUUCCACUGAUUUAGCUGAAUUAAAUUUUACUAAUAAUGUAAUUCAGCCAAAAAUUCUCUCAUCUGAUGCCGAUUUCGACAAAUCUAGCCCAUCAAAAUCCAAUGAAUAUCCGACAUUUGGAUUGCAUAGUUCAUCACGAUCAAUUACAAAUUCAUGUAAUAGGACAGAAGAAUUUGUGAAUAACAAAAACAAUUUUGAUAAAAUGGAAUGUGAUCAACGUAAAAUAAAUGUACCUAGCCCUAAAAAAAUCAAUAACGGUAUAACUAUUGAAGAAAAUCAAGAAUCAUCUGAAGACGAUGAAUUGUUUGAGAUUGGUUCAGUGGUUGAAGUGGUCAUAAAUUCUGCAUCAUAUCACGGAGUUAUUCGAUGGCUUGGUUUUCUUAAAAACGAUAUAGACUAUAGAAUUGAUUCGAUUAGAAAAUCGAACAAACGUUUCAAAGAUGUUGUAGCUGGAAUAGAACUUGAAGAUGAAAUCGCUGGUUUAACCGAUGGAACAUUAAAUGGUCGAAGAUAUUUUGAUUGUUCAAUUAAUAAAGCUUAUUUUGUUCCUUUGAAUGAAUGUUCAAAAGAUAGCCGUUUCUAUCAUAGUUCUGCUGCUUGUGUGGAAAAUGGUAGCUCACUUUUGAAUGAAAAACAAUAUGAUUCUAGUCAUUUUGGAUCGAUUGAUUGUCCAACAGUUUUGGGUGACAUAACACCAUUAACUACUGCAGAUUUACACCGUCUUUGCGGCAAAAAUCGUGGCAUUCAAGGCCACCAUAAUUCCUGUUAUUUAGAUGCUACUUUGUUCGCAAUGUUUUCAUUUAGUUCAAUUUUUGAUAGCCUACUUUAUCGUCCCAAACGUUCAAACGACAUACAAGAAUAUAAUGAAGUUCAACGCAUUCUCAAAGAAGAGAUUGUCAAUCCGCUACGGUCGAAUCUAUAUGUACGAGCUGACAGGGUAAUGCAUCUUCGACAAUUGUUAGAGAAGAUAAGCUCGGUACGAGGAUUGACCAGCGAAGAAAAAGAUCCUGAAGAAUUCAUAAAUUUGCUCCUAAAUGAGAUAUUGAAAACGGAUCCUUUCCUGAAACUGAGUUCCGGUCUAGAAUCAUUAUUUUAUCAACUAUUUCUAGAAAAAGAUGAAAAUCUUCAAUUGCCAAACGUUCAGCAGCUGUUCGAUCAAUCAUUUUUAGCAUCAGAUAUAAAACUACGCGAAGUUCCAUCAUGCCUAAUGAUACAAAUGCCACGUUUUGGUCGCGAUUUCAAAAUGUAUCCGAAAAUAGUUCCUAGUUUAAAUUUAGACAUAACUAAUGUUCUGGACAAUUCUCCUCGACAAUGUAUAAUAUGUGGUGAACUGGCUCAAUUCGAAUGCAAAGAUUGUUUUGGAAAAUUCGGUGAUGGUCUUGAUUCAAUAGCAUUCUGUAUGAUAUGUAUGGAAAAAACUCAUAGUACACAUAAAAAACGCAUCAAACACAAGACAAUAAGAUUAAAUGUUCCUAUGGAAUUUACUAUGCUUCAAAAUCAUACAAACAUACCACGAGUAACAAUGGAAUUGUUUGCUGUACUUUGCAUUGAAACAAGUCAUUAUGUUUCAUUUGUUAAAUGUGGAACUGAACCUGACAGUCCUUGGUGUUUUUUCGAUAGUAUGGCCGAUAGAAAAGGUGAACAGAAUGGUUACAACAUACCAGAGGUUGUCGAAUUUCCGGAUUUAAAAUGGUGGAUGAAUGAAGAUGGACAAAAUUUUCUACAAAAAAAUCGUGAUGAUAAAUUGAUCCCCGAAUUGGCCAAGCGUUUUUUCUCUGAUGCUUAUAUUUGUUUUUAUUCAUCUGAAGCAUCACAUUAUAGAUGAUGACAAUCAUCAUCAUCAUCAUCACCAUUGAUAAUAAUUGAUAUAAACAUGAACAUCUUAUCCACAAUUGUGCAAUAUUUUUAUCACUACGAUUUAAAAAAAAAUCCCACCCAAAAACGAACAAAAAAUCAUGGAAAAAAAUUUUAUUCUAUUUCGACUUAUUAAAAAUAAAAAUGAAAUGAAAUUGUGUGAUUAUUAAUCAAUAAUAUAAUCGACUUAUUAUUACUUUGAUUAGAAAACAAAAAUGAAAAUAUUUUUCAAUAUGAUUAAAAUAUUGUUUAUUCUCAAA